AUGUUGAAUAGUAGAAGAUCACAAAUACCUGAAUUUAACCAAACAUUCAAGUCUUAGGACUGUAGUUUACAAACUAAUAAAAUGAUAAUAUAGGAAAUGUAUUAAUGCGGAUAAUGCUUUGAUUAUCCUCAUGGGAUUUGUAAAUACUGUUUUGAGCAUUGUCAUAAGAAAACUAGGAAUGUAUAUCACUAACAAGCAAAAUUACUAAAACUCAGGGGGAAUUUUAAGUGUGAAUGCGGACUGUUCAAGCAUAAACAAAAAUAACUAGUUGUUCAACCCUGUCCAUUGAAUUCUCAAACCUUUUGUCCUAUUUCAAAUUGCCCUACUUGUAAGACUAAUCUUUGUUCAUUCUGUAUUAAAAAUUGCAAGCAUACUCAUAAAUAUAUCCCUGGGGAAGAUUGUAAGUGCGAUUAAUUGCAUUCCAAAUACUAACUCAGAGUGCAUUACAAUGAAUAAUUAAAGAAGUACAACAUCACAAAGACGCUUAAAUACAAGCCUGAAGAUGAGUUGGUCAUGAUAAAAAUUAUUAACGCAUUGUUAAAUAAUUUUGAUCUUUUCGAACUCCUCUUUGGAGAAUUGAAAAAUACAUUUGAAAAUAUUUUCAAUGAACUGGAGACAGGAGACUUCAAUUAAACAUGCAUCUGGUCUUAAAAACUAAUAGAUGUUUAAUAGGAUGAAUAAAAUUUGAAUGAAAAAAUCUUAGAACUUUUCACAGAGAAGAGAUUCCCGUAUACUGAAAUUGCAUCCAUCCAUGUGUUUAUAGAAUAACUACUUAUAAAAUUAAAGUACAAUCUAACAUACCUUGAUGAUAAGAUGUGGCAAUGCAUGACGUCAAGUUAGAUUAAAUUCUUAGUGAGUUAAUAUCACAUAUUAUCAUAAAAUUUAUAAGAAUCAGCCAAAGAGAAACUCUCUCAGCUGGUCUUGAAGAUUUUGAAAAUACAAUCCAUACAACUUAAAUAUGAAUUCUCUAAAUUUAGAAAAAUUGACACCUUGGACAUCGAGAAUAGCACUCCAAUACAGCGGAGCUAAAUCAGGAAGUAUAAUCAAUGUUUGGAUAAUGGAAUUUUGCAAGUGGAAUUGACUGAAUUGAUUAAGAGAUACUAUAGAAUCUUAUUUGAUAUUGAAAUCACCAACCCAAUCCUCUCAAAAUUGUUGAUAGUCUUGUUGAAAUGUGUGAAAAUGGGAUUGUAAACGGGGCUAUUGAUUAAGACUCAAGUAGUGUUUAAGGUGAUCCUCAAUUUGGAGAAACUAUGCAAAGACAUUGACUAUUAUAACCAAUAGAAGAACUUUGGGUAGAUUCAAAGGUUCUUCACAGAGUAGAUGUUCAACCUCUUGAGUAAGAUAUUGAUAUUGACAUAUUUUCAAAUGAAGGACGAUUUAUUUUAUGAGAUUCUGAAUGAGUAGAUUAACAGGAAUGAGAAGAGAUAGAUUUCAUUAAUUGAUAAAUACACUGCGUCUUUCUAUUUUGAGAAGAAGAAAAAGAAUUUGCAAAUAGAUUUAUUUUACAGUGGGGAAUCAGAGAAGCUCUAAAUCAUAUGGAGAGUCUUUAUUAACAUAGUCAUAAACUAUAAUUUGAAUGGAUAGUAUUAUAAUUAGAUGAUGAAUCCGCAAUCCAAAUUGAAUCAUAUCAUUUAAAUAAUGUUGAGAGAAAAUCUUUUUGUUGACACAACUUUGAGGACUUAGAUUAUGUAAUUGUAGAUUGAAGAUCUGUUGCUAUGGAAAUACGAAAGGCUGACCAUAUUAAAUUAGGAUUUUAUAAGUCAAGUUGAAAACUUUAAGGCUGAAUGGAAUAAGUACUUUCUAAAUUCAGUUGAAAUCUCAUUUGAAAUUGAAGAAGGGGAUCUAGAAAGGCUAUUGAAAUUAUGUAAAGAACUUCUUAACACAAAGUAUUUUAGGGAAUUAGAGAAGUUUGAGGCUAAUCAAGAGAAAAUCUGUGAAAAUCAAAAAAAAAAAAAGUAGUUAUACAAUUUAACCUAGUCAAUCAGCAAAGAAUCUGCAGGAGGAAUUAAAGCAACAUUUGAAAUCGGAUAUGAAAAUCAUAAAAUAGACUCAACAAGUACUUUAUGA